UCCUGAAUUCACAUUCACUCUGUGUGUUCACAAACGGCAGAAAAGCUGCACAUUCUUACACUCUGGGUUACAACCUCACUGCAUCACCUCUAAAAAUUGAAGAUGGGGAAAAUUAAUGGAUGUCUCAAGUGCAUUUUUGUCUUCUUCAAUGUGCUUUUUGCAAUAGUUGGAUUUGGGCUGAUUUACGGAUUGCUACAGACCUCUACCCAUAAGGAGGAGUUCUCAUCACUUGAUUUGCCAAACAUGAUUUGGGGUUGGUUGUUUGCCAUCGGCGUCCUCGGUAUUUCCUCUCUGGGAAUCUUUGCUACGUGCUGUGAGUCAAUCAUCGGCCUCAAACUAUUUGCAAGCUUCAUGGGGAUUGGAAUGAUCAUCAUGUUUUAUGGUGGCAUCAAUGUAGCGACAGGAAGAAAUGAGAUAGAGACUGCCCUCCAGAAUGAACUACAAAAGGCCAACAUAAGAGAAGAAGUCAUUAGAAGUAUGGUUGAGAAGAUACAGUCAAAUUUUCAUUGCUGUGGAAUUAUGAACGCCACAGACUGGGGUAAUAAUAUCCCUGACUCCUGUGAAUGCAUUUCUUCAAAUACUGGAUAUGGAAUGAAUGGAAGAUCCAAGUCACUUAGAUGCAAAUCCAAGCCUCAGGGAACCAGUGGCCCACAUGAAAUCUAUGAACAGCCCUGCUAUGACAUUAUCCUUGAACUUUUGAACCUUUUCUUUAACAUCCUGUUUGGCUUCUUCUUUGGAUUUGCUGUUAUAGCACUGCUGGGCCUGCUCAUUACCAUCUGCAUGAUUAAUCAGGUCAAAAGUGACGACAGUAGAGGAUCCAUGUACUUGAGGAAAUAUUAAAGGGAGCCACCACACCACAUGUCCUCUGGCCUUUGGGUUAUAGUGCAUCAACAGGAGUCGUGAUCAGGAUGUCACCUCGUUUUUAUUUCACUGUGUUUUACUCACAAAAAAAAAGAGAGAGUGAGAAA